CAUUUNGAAAGAAAAAUUGAUUAAAAUAUUCCCACGGCCAUGGGAUUGGGAAAAGUACUUACUUCAGUAUUUGCAGUUCUGUUGGUGUCGAGGCUGCUUGAGGCCGCGUGCUCUAAUGGAGCCUGUAAGGUGGGAGAUGAGUGUUCAACUGAUUCGGAUUGCGGCCGGGGAUUGUAUUGCUUUUCAUGUAAAACGGAUUUUGACGGCAACCGAUGCGUGAGAUCAACCGCCACAAAUCAGUUCACCUUACUCAACAAUUCUCUACCAUUCAAUAAAUACGCUUUUCUAACAACCCACAACGCUUUUGCCAUUGACGAUGGGCAACCGAGGCUUACUUUCACCAAUCAAGAAGACACAAUCUCUCAACAACUCAAUAAUGGCGUUCGUGGCUUAAUGCUCGAUACAUAUGAUUAUGAAGGAGACAUAUGGUUGUGCCAUUCCUAUGGAGGCAAAUGCCAUGACUACACCAAAUUUAAACCCGCUAUCAACACAUUUAGGGAAAUCGAAGCUUUCUUGUCCCGAAACCCGUCUGAAAUUGUGACGUUGAUUUUGGAAGACUACGUUGAAACACCAUACGGAUUGACUAAGGUUUUUAAAGACUCGGGCUUAAUGAAGUAUUGGUUCCCUUUAUCGAGAAUGCCUAAAGGCGGCCACGAUUGGCCUUUGGCUAACGACAUGGUCGCGAAAAAUCAAAGGCUGCUCGUUUUCACUUCGAAAGAGUCUAAGGAAACUAGUGAAGGGAUUGCUUAUCAAUGGAAUUACAUGAACUCCGGCAACUUGGACGACAUGCUCGAGACAUGUUAUGCAGCGGCCGGCAACCGGUGGGCUAAUUUCGUGGCCGUUGACUUUUAUAAGAGGAGUGAAGGAGGGGGAACGUUUAAAGCCACGGACAUGUUAAAUGGGGAGCUCUUUCAGAGUCAGGCUGUACCUCUCAAUCAUGAUCAUCCUUUUGAAGACCGAAGGGGAAAAAAAAACGGACUCAAAUUCUUUUGAUUUCAUGAACAAAUGUAAUUAAUGAUUGAAAAAAAUAUGGUCAAAUAAAAUGGUAAAAUUAUUGGUGGAUUUUUUUUUUUUCCAAAUUGAACCUCCCACGGAAAUAUAUUAACCCACUUUCUAUUAAUCAGUAUGGAUGUAUAUG